UGAAGAGUGUGGAUUUUCACGUAAAUUUCAUUUCAUUCAUAAAUGUACAAAUAUUCUGAUUGUAAAUGUCAGUACUUCUCGGUUUAGAGUUUGGUUUUAGUCGAAUAAUUAACUCACGUUUAACUUCAAGCAUAAAAAUGAGCUUACCAAAAAUAAUUUCAAACAACAAGACAGCAGAGGAAUUGCUAAAUUCUUUAAAAGAAGAGCUUAAUUCAAUUCGAUCUGAGCUGAUAGCGAAAAAAAAACGCGAUUUGUUAGCCGAAAAUAUUGCUUUAACAAGUCAAAUAGAUAUAGCGAAAUCUCAGUUGAUUGCUUUGGAAAUUAAAAAUGGUAAAAAGCAAAUACCAAUCCCGUAUCAAUCAGUAGAACCGGUUGUGCAUUUAAGUACUACUGUUAAUAAUGAUUCUGAUGCAAGCCAAACUUUAGCUAAAGCAGAAACAAAACAAGACGAGAAGCCCCAAAAAGAAAAGAAACAAAAGAAAGAAAAACCAGUAAAAAAUGAGUCUAAUCCGCCUGCUGAGGCACCAAUAGAUGUUGGACGUUUAGAUUUCCGAGUUGGAAAAAUUGUGGAGGUUUCAAAACACCCAGACGCAGAUAGUUUAUAUUUAGAAAAAAUUGAUGUUGGAGAACCUCAACCAAGAACCGUUGUGUCAGGUUUAGUGAAAUUUGUACCGAUAGAAGAAAUGCAAAAUCGAAUGGUUGUUGUUUUGUGCAAUUUGAAACCAGCUAAAAUGAGGGGAAUUACUUCUGAGGCAAUGGUAAUGUGUGCAUCAACACCUGAAAAAGUAGAAGUCUUAAGUCCACCUCCUAAUGCUGUACCUGGAGACUUAGUUUAUUGUGAAGGCUAUGAAAGAGCUCCUGAUACUCAGUUAAACCCAAAGAAAAAGAUUUUUGAAACCUGUGCUCCAGAUUUAAUGACUAACAAUGAUUUAGUGGCCUGUUUUAAAGGAACUCCAUUACAUGUACCUGGAAAAGGAAAUGUUGUUUCUCAAACAUUGAAAAAUGUAAAUGUAAAAUAAUUUUUUUAAAUUUACGUUAAUAAAAUUUGGUUUGAAAUUAGUAA